UAUGGUCUUUCUUACCGGUCGUGUGCGGUGUGCUUCAGUCGUUCGCCGGGAGUAAGGGGAAGUGAUUCGGUUCCCUUGUUGACCUUGACUUUUCGCCCCCGAAAACAAACCUAGCACCAGCACGUCUCAGCAAGGCUAAGGCAAAGAAGAAAGGAUCGUAGAUCUACUUUCAGAUUCAGCGCAGCUCGUUUAGUGAAGAUCUCCUAGCAUUUGGCGCUAAUGUAGUUUGGAUUUGAUCGCGCUUUUUUCUUCACAUUCCCCACGGCUUCUUGGUUUGAAAUUCAGUGAGUUGCUCUUCGUUCUUGCGUCCUGUGUACAGAUAAUCCAGCACCUCUUUUACAGCGCAGCAUGGCCUCCCCGCCGCCCUCGCUCGAAGAUGAGGAGUACCCGGGCGUUUAUUGGGUGAAAGCCUACUGGCUCCUGUACAACCUGAAAGACGGCGAACGCAUGCCGCGGUGCCAGGACCUCCCCGCCAACGCCUUUGGCCACUUACGCGACGCCACGCGCGUGUUUGCGGUGACCCAUCCGUGGCUCGGGCGCUACAGCCCGGACCCCGACGGAAUUCAAGUGGAGACGCUCCGGUCAAAAUUGAGUUCCAUGGCCGAGCAGAUGCUGCUGGACCGGAAGGACGUGCUAUUUUUCGACUACCUGUCCCUUCCCCAGGUGCACCACGAGAGCGGCAAGGACGACCGGACGGAGGAACAGCUGCGCCGCUUCAAGACGGCCCUCAGCGGGGACCUGAUGGGCCGAAUUUUCCUCACUUCGCGCGUGCUGGUGAUCGACGAGGUGCCGAAGGAAGCUGUGUCGAACACGGAAUUUUUGAACCGCGGCUGGUGCUUUUUCGAAUGCGUCGUGGCCAGCAUGAACGCCCUGGCCCGGGACCUGCUGUGGGUGUCGGAAAAGACGAAGUCCGAGAUUGCGCGCUUUCGGAAGUUGAGCGCGAAAUUCCGCGAAACGGGGGAGCUGGACGAGUUGCUGCAGAAAUUCGACACGGAGCUAAAAAGCAAGAAAUUCGCACUGAAAGCCGACGCGGCGAUGGUGCGCGGGUUUUUCGUUUCGCUAGCGCGCUCGCAGCGUCUCAUCCGCGCCGCCGCCGGGGGGGAUUGGGACGGAUGCGAGAGCAUGCUCGCGCAAAAAGCCGAUGUGAUUGCGCGCGACGGUUGGGGCCGGACGGCCCUGCACGCGGCGUUACUGAAUGCGCGGGUUUCGGUCGUCGCGCAGCUACUGAAAAACCACUGCUCAGCGCACGCCGCAGCGAUGAAGACACUGACGAACGAAACGUCUCUGGAACUCGCAAAGGAGGGUGGGUCACUUGAAUGCCAGGUCUUGCUGCAACACAAGUUCAAGCAUGGCUCUAGUGUACUAGACACAGAAGUAGAGCAAGUGUCGAGUGGAGGGACCGCAAGCGGUAAUGCGGGACCUUCAUCCUCCUCGUCAAAGCCGAGUACUGCGAAGCUUUUGACCAUUCGCGCAAUCGAAAAUGACGAGGAGGGGCUGAGAGAGCAACUGAACAGACUCUCACAGCCAAACGAGGUUGAUGCCCGGGACGAGCACGGGAUAAGUGCGUUGUAUUACGCGGCGUCGUUACAGCAUGUCGAGCUGGUGAGAAUGCUACUGAAGGCUGGUGCUAAUCCAGACCUUCCGUGCGGUGGCGACCAAGAAUCAGCAUCAGCCUGCGCAACACGGCUAGGAUUCGCGGAUGUCCAAGAACUUUUUGCAACUGCGCACUCAUAAUUGGAUGAUGAUCGUACUAGUAUCUACAAAUCGUGUGACGGACACAUCGAGAACAGUUAUUGAAAUCUUUUCAAGAUAUCUGUCAACAAUGUGAAUGAAUAUUUUUCUUGUACGCAAAGAAUCUCAAACUCAGCCAAAGGAAAAGGAACGAAACAAAUAAAGAAAAAAGUUGAAGCGAAUGAUAGACUCUGAAACGGAUAUGUGACGACCAC